AUGAGUGGUAGAUUACCUACUGGGCCACAAUCUUCGUCCACAACAGCCGGACCUUUGUAUAUGUCAUAUAAGAGCAGCACAUGGCCACCUAACUAUAUAUGCCCGGAUAACGCUCUGGAGUACUUCUGUAACACAGCGAACUGUUUCUAUGAUGCUUCAUCCUGUAAUCAACAACUUCGGAUGCAGAAUAUCUCACGUCCACUCGACGAAUGUUUAGCGGAUAUGAUUGGUAUUCAGUAUGUACUAUGGAGUGCUCAGCCACCUCUGUAUAUUAUUUGUAAGCACCGACGAAACUCUCCUCAAAAUGUAACACCACUGGCCUAUUAUUAUAUUAUUAAUGGUGUUAUCUCUCUCUGUCCUGAUCUCUUAAGCUUUGUCCAAACACGAUUGUUAGGAUCGAUCGAUCCUCUCAAACGAGCUUUCGAUGAAGUCAUCCAAUAUUCCAAAUAUAAUGUCGCGAAAGGUUACUAUUGGGAGUUCAAAAACAAAGUGGCCGAAUCUGAAGAAAAGGAAGAAGAGAAAGCUCUUCAAGCUCGAAGUAGUCAUUUCCAACAAACUCGCACUUCGAUGCUCAUGAAGAAUUUGUUAGAGAUGUUCCCUCACAUUGAUGCUCCUGAUCCUGCUACCGAGGUGAAGCAAGAAGCAGAAGACGAAGCCAUGGACACUAGCGCCCCUGGAGCGAAUGCUAGUUCAGCGUCAGCAACUGCGACAACUACAAAUGUGACAACGACAACUUCAAAGAGCACAGCUCCUUCUGAAGCUACAUCGAAAGGGUCCAGUGCAGUGAGCAGUGGAGGUGUGGAAGCGAAGUCAUCAAGCUCCGACCCGCCUGCAAAAAAGGCUAAGUAA